AUGCCGCAGCGGUUGAUGUUCAACCAGGCGGUGUCAUGGACUGCUCGCCGAUCGGGCGGGUGCGGGGAUGUGACGGGUCAAUCGACUAAUGUUAUGGAGAGUGAGAGAGAGAGAGACAAUCGAUGGCUGUCUUUAGCGGACGAAAGGAGAACUAAUGGCAACGAACACGGCAACUUCUCGUUUUCCUUUAUCUCGGCGGGGCCGACGGAUUGGUCGCUGGCUCCACCAAUCACCUUUGGCCCCACCUACCGAUUACAGUUUUCCCAUAAGAAGCCGGUAGGAAACCGGGGACAUAUCGUUUUUCUGCCAAGGUUCCUGGCAAAGGGUCCUGCUCCUAAGUAUCCUGUGUACAGAGGGUGGACUCAAGGGCCGGCUGAUAUCGGCAAGAAAAAGGAUGAUGAGGGCGGGCAUGAGUGGCGAUAUUCCCAGGAUCAGGACAUCAAUAUCCUGGCCCUUGCAACUUCUUAUAUUCCGGUCAUAAACCGCACGUCCGGGAGGCCGACGAGCAAAAAGACUACAGAGUAUCAUGGUGAUAGAACACAAAAUGGUAAGAUGAGGGUGGGCAGCGGUGUACCGGACUGA